AUGGUCCUCAUUCCGACGCUGCGUCCGCGUGCCGUUCGCUUCAUUCGUGCGGCAUCCAGCAAGGCCCUGCACACCGUGCGUCGCCAAGGAGAACCUGGCACUCUCGAUUGUCGAUACUACUUCUUCGACAAGCUCGGUCGCAAACAGUCUCCGUGGCAUCAUGUCUCUCUGUACGCACCUUCAUCGCUGGAACAUCCUCAGGAAGCCGAUAACUCUGCCAUUUUCCAUUUUGUAAAUGAAAUUCCCAAGGGUUCGCGAGAGAAGAUGGAGAUCGCGGGUGAGGAGGAGUUUAACCCCAUCAAGCAGGACGAACGCAAGGGUGCCCCUCGUUUGUACCAAAGCGCGUCUCUGGUCAACUAUGGAUGUCUACCGCAGACCUGGGAGGACCCCAACCACGUGGAUCCGGCUACUAAACAUGGAGGGGAUAACGAUCCCAUCGACGUAUGUGAGAUCGGCAGCCGCGUCGCGAGUAUUGGAGAGAUUUACCCUGUCAAAGUGCUCGGGGUACUAGGUAUGAUUGAUGGCGGGGAAACGGAUUGGAAGGUGAUCGCAAUCAAUGUGAACGACCCUCUGGCUGCUGAUAUCAACGACCUUAGGGACCUGCGCAACACGCCGCUGCACGACGUGGUGUCUCAAGUGCACCACUGGUUCCGGGACUACAAGAUCCCGGACGGCAAGCCACCUAGUGACUUUGCCUUCAACGGAGAGGCGCAACCGAGAGACUUUGCAGUCGAGGUGAUCCAACAGACCCACGAGAGCUGGAAGCAGCUGGUUGGGGACGAGCUGGCCUUCAAAACGAAGCUCUGGACCCGCACCCAAAUUUAA